UUAUUGAAAACAUUUCCUUAUCGGCGGUCAGCAAAUAAGGAGCAUUGUUAUUGUGUGCUCGUCCGUCGCGCGUAACGCCGUGACGAAUAAUUUAUCGGUUGUGAUAGCAUUUGGAACAAAAUGAAGACGUUUUAUAUAGUUUUUACGAGUAUAGUACUAAAUUUUAACAAUGUAUUUACUUCAGUCUUGGAUUUAACUAACGCAGAGUGGACUGUGAGCAACAAAAAUGAAUCAAUUAAGAUCAGCGGCUCGGUACCUGGUGGCGUGUACACCGAUCUGCACAAGGCAAGCGUUAUUGGUGAUAUCCUGUCAGGUUUCAAUGACGUGCUGACACGCUGGGUCGCCCACGAUACAUGGACUUAUACAGGGAAAUUUAAUGUAAACGAGUCGCAACUGAACAGUUUAGUUGCUCACAUGGUAUUCGAAGGCUUGGACACUGUUGCUUACAUCGAGCUCAAUGAUCAUCCAAUUGGCACCACUAACAAUAUGUUUGUUAGAUAUGUUUUUGAUGUUAAACAGCAACUGAAGCUGGGCGAAAACCAAUUAACUGUGGUUUUUGAAUCGCCUAUAAAAGUAGCUAACAGUAGAUCUGAGAAGUAUUUUACAGCUCCAGCAUGCGUACCAGACCAAUAUAAUGGCGAGUGUCAUGCAAACCAACUGAGGAAGAUGCAAGCGUCGUUUGCUUGGGAUUGGGGACCUGCCUUCCCCUCCGUCGGAUUUUGGAAACCCGUGACAAUAGAGUUUUACAACAACAUAAUAAUGAGAUCGGUGACUACGCACAUCGAAAAGGAUGAUGCGUUUUGGUAUAUUAAAAUAACAGCUCAUAUUGAGUCAAGUAGAAAUAAGAAAGAUAUAAAAUCUUAUAUGAGUGCAUCAUUAAAAUUAGAAGGCAAUCAGAAGUACAUUAUAGGCAAGGAUUUGGAUAUAAAUACUAAUGAUGAUGGAACUUCAAAAGCGGAUCUUAGCAUGACUAUAAGUCAGAAUAUCGUCAAACUGUGGUGGCCUAAUGGAUAUGGUGAUCAAGCUCUUUACGACUUGGAUGUAUAUUUGUCAACUAUCAAUGACGGAGAAAUAUCUCACAAGCAUCUGCAAAUUGGCUUUAGAACAAUAGAGUUGGUAGAAGAGGAUGCAACUAAAUAUUUGGGUAACACCACAGCUGGUCAAGGAUUGACGUUUUACUUCAAGGUAAACGGGUACCCACUUUUUAUGAAAGGCUCAAACUGGAUACCGGCACACAUUCUUCCAGAACUCGGCAGUGAUAGAAAGAGAAUUGAUGACUUGUUAACUGCCGCAAAGGAUGUACACACGUCCAUGAUAAGAGUGUGGGGCGGUGGAGUGUACGAGUCAGAUUAUUUCUACAGAAGGUGCGACCAACUGGGUAUAUUAGUGUGGCAAGACUUUCAGUUCGCAUGCGCCAUGUAUCCAAUCGACACAGAGUUUUUGAAUUCUGUUAAAACUGAAGUAGAACAAACUGUGGUACGCUUACAACAUCACCCGUCGAUUGCGCUGUGGGCUGGUAACAACGAGAACGAAGCAGCGCUACGUGGUAAUUGGUACACACGACCUCAAGAAUUCCAAAGAUAUAAGGAAGAGUAUAUCAAAUUGUACGUGGAAACUAUACAACCUAUAGUAAAAUCAUUGGAUCCUGGUAGGAGGUACCUAGUUUCAAGUCCUUCAAAUGGCUUGGAAUCAGAAAGAGAGGGAUAUAUUGCCAACAACCCUUAUGACGCUCAUUAUGGAGACACGCAUUACUACAACUAUAUGGCUGACAACUGGAAUCUCAACAUAUAUCCUUUAACUAGAUUUGCAUCAGAAUACGGUGUACAAUCGUUACCUUCUAUAUCGACAUUGAAAACGGCCACGCAGGACCCUAAAGAUCUUAGUUUUGACAGUGUAUUCAUACGUCACAGACAACAUUUGCCAAAUGGUUUCACUUACAUGAAACAACAAAUCGGGAAAAGAUUGAAGUUGGACGAGAACGAUACGAAGUAUUUCGAAAAGUUUGUUUUCUAUAGUCAGAUAUCCCAAGCAAUGUCUGUAAAAGCUGAAACGGAAUUCUAUCGUCAAAAUCAGGCUACCUGGCACACAAUGGGAGUGAUGUAUUGGCAACUGAACGACGUGUGGCAAGCCCCCUCUUGGUCUAGUAUUGAGUACGGCGGUAAAUGGAAAAUGUUGCACUACUACGCAAAAUCUUUCCUAGCUCCUGUACUAGUGUCUCCAAGAUUGCUCCUUUCUGGCGAUGUCGAUGUUUACCUACUAAACGAUAGAUUUGUUCCGAUAGUUAACGGAGAAAUAACAGUUGACAUUUUUAACUUCAGCAGUCUAAUUCCUAUUAGAUCACAAACUUAUGUCGUCCAAGCAGAACCUUUGAGAUCCACAAAGCAGAAUAUAAGUAUAAAUUUGUGGAAUGAACCUAAUAAGGAAGAGAUAUUCGUUAAAUUUUCUCUUAAAGCUGAUGGAAUUACAUCGUCACCGUUUAAUUUUGUAUUUCCUAAGUCUUUGAAAGACGCUGUUGGAUUAAAAGAGCCUCGUAUACAGAUAAGUGUAUCAAAACGUACAGAAGGAAGACCAGAUAACGGUUUGCAAUAUAACGUGGAUAUUCGAGUAGACACCAUUGUUUUGUUCCUAUGGCUCGAAACCAAUACCAAUGAUGGACAUUUCGAGAACAAUGGGUUCAUUGUGACGCAACCUCAUAUCCGCGUGAAAUAUACAAGCAAAACGAAUUUAACACCCACUGAACUGGAGAAGUUAAUCACAUAUCAAUAUUACAUAAACUGAUUUUGUAUUGA